AUGUUGACUCUGCGAUUCAUCGUCGCCGUUGGAGCGUCGUGCCUCUUGAGGCUCGCUGGCGCGCAGUCGUUGGCUGAUGCUCCACAGUGUUCUACGAAGUGUCUUUUUCAGGCAAUGAGCCAGCCUGCAUUUGCCAACCAGUCGCAGGCGGAAUUAUGUGUCGACGAAGGCUUCAACAAUUUUGUCGGGGGUUGCGUGCAACAAGGAUGUAGCGUGGUCGAGUCCCUGACCUUUGUCAAUAUCACAAGAACUGCAUGUGGAUUCCCUCUGUCAGACUAUCGCAACGAGUCGAGAGCGACUAGUCUUGGCAUGUUCAUACUUGCGUCAGCCUUCUUCGCAUGCCGAAUUACAGUCAAAGCCAUGAGGUACUCUCCUUGGGGAGCUGACGAUAGUUUGAUGGUAGUUGCAUUUGCCGCCUUGAUCCCGUUCAUAGUUUUGAUUCAGUUUAUGAUACCACAAGGUCUGGGACUUGAUAUCUGGGUUCUCCACGACUAUCAGAUUACUACCUUUCUCAGGUACCUCUUAAUGGUCCAAACACUCUACGUCUUCAUCCUCUCCAUCGUAAAGGCAUCUAUUCUCCUGUUCUUCCUCCGCAUCUUUCCGGACAAGAAAUUCAGGAUCGCAGUCUGGUGGACGCUAGCCUACGACCUCUUCGUCGGAUUCAUAUUCAUCGUCUUCAGCUUCGUCCAGAGACAGCCUACAUGGCUCAUCUGGGAGGGCUGGCGUGACAAGGAACCUCGUGGUGUCAUUCUCGACCUCAACAAAAUGGGCUUGUCACAUGGCGGCAUGAACAUCGCGCUCGAUGUCUGGAUGCUCAUUCUGCCGUUGACACAGCUCUACAAGUUGAACCUCAAGAUGAAAAAGAAGCUCGGAAUCAUUGCUAUGUUCAGUGUUGGUAUCUUCCUCACGGUAGUCAGUGUUGUCCGCCUUCGCAGCCUGAUUUCAUUCGCGACAUCCGCAAAUGCGACAGCUGAUGCGCGUGGGACAACGAUAUGGUCUGCCAUUGAGAUCUGCACUGGCGUAGUGGUUGCCUGCAUGCCCAAUGCAAGACAGAUUGUGCGUGAGACUGGUCGGCAAAUCAAGGAUGCAUCGGCAAAUCUCACGAACAGGACGCAUGGAACGAAUUCGGGGUCCCAGCGAGUCUUCCAAGACCAUUCGCUCGAGAUGCGGGUGGCAGUGAACUCUUCGGGCGCUAAAUCAGUGCCAAUAGAUGAGUGCAGUUACAGUUCUACCACUGCCAUCAACUCCGGGAGGAGGAAUUCGAGCUUUACAAGCGAUGCGGAGACAGCAAGAAAAGACUUGAUGUAA